AAUAGGGUUUCUCGCCAAGGUAAUGUAAUCAAAUUAAUAGCUAGCUACUGAUCGAGUUUAAUUAUAUUGUUUGGGAAUCUAUCUUAUUGUCUGAGUGAGCUUGUGUGUGUAUUUUAAGAAAGAAAGAGAUCAUAUAAAGAGUAAAUAUGGGGAAGUUCGAGAUAAAGGGUUGGGUAGUGGCGUGUGUGAUGUUGUUAUUGAUGUCGUCGCAAGUAUUGGGAAAAUUAUCUGGUACAGGUAGUCAUGGUAGUGGCAAAAACCGACGUCAUAAACAUGGAGGAGGAAGUGUUGGUGUUGGUGCAGGUGCCGGAGGUGGUGCUAGCGGUGGUAUUGGUGUCGGAGGUGGAGUAGGUGGAGGAGGAAGUAUAGGUGGUGGUGGUGGUGUUGGAGCCGGGGGAGGAGCAGGUGGUGGUGUUGGAGCCGGGGGAGGAGCAGGUGGUGGUGUUGGAGCCGGGGGAGGAGCAGGUGGAGGUGGCAAUGUUGGUGGCCGUGGAAAAGGCCAUGGCGGUAAAGGUGGUGGUAAAAGUGGUGGUGUAGGAGCCGGAGGAGGAGUUGGUGUUGGUGGCGGAAUUGGAGGAGGUGUAGGUGGCGGAGUCGGAGGAGGUGCUGGCGGUAGUGGGAGUGGAGGUGGUAGUGGUGCUGGUGGUGCUGUUGGAGGGGGUGCUGGAGGAGGUGCCGGAGGUGGAGUUGGCGAUGGAGGUGGUGGUGUUGGUGGUGUUAUUGGAGGUGGUGUCGGAGGAGGUGUUGGUGGCGCUGUUGGAGGUGGUGGAGUUGGUUUAGGUGGUGGGGGCGGUCUUGUUGGUGGUGGAGGAGGAGGACUUGGCGGUGGUGUUGGAGGUGGAGCAAAUGUUGGUGUAGGAGUUGGAGCCGGGGGUGGUGCAGGCGGAGGAGUUGGAGCCGGAGGCGGUGCAGGAGGAGGAGCUGGUGGUGGCGGUAGCGUUGGAAACCGACGGCACUAAAUCAAAAACGGCAGUGACCGUUAACAAUUUAGUACUCCAUGCACGUUACCUCUUUAGUAGCUUGCAUGCACGCUCGUUGUUAUCACUUUUAUCAUAUUCUCCUUGUACUAAUAUAUAAUAAUUAAUAAAACUCUUUCCAAAGAUUGAUAUAA